UCAGUAAGAUAUGUAAAACGAAUUAUUUCCACUAUUAAGACUAGAUAGCUACAUGAAACAUAGCUAUCUAUGUGAAAAUCAGUAGUCAGAGGGCAUAAACUACAACCGGAAGUUACCUAUAAGCGAUCAUUUCAUAACAGUAAGUACAACAAUGGCCGCCUCACAAGACUACACGCACCUGUUAUAACAUUAGCUUGUGCUGGAAAGUUACUGUCAUGUUCUGGAGUUUGGCAGCUCAGCGAGGCGGCGUUGGACUUGUCCGCUCCUUGUGUCGAACUGCUAGCCUAAUUAGGCGCUGUCCUCAGCGACGGCAGUCUUUCUUCACCUCUUCUAAGUUAGCCCAAAAAGAUGGCGAAUUGAGCCGGACACUGAGGGAGUGGAGUCUGGUAGUGAGCCCCUUUAGUACGGUACGAGCACGGCUCGGCUGUAGUAUCUCUGUCCAGCCUCUGGACCCACAUGCCUUUCCUGAAGCUGACCGAGCCUUCGUCACUGUCCAUAGUGGAGCUUCUACAAAUUGCGAGGAGAAGGAUGUUGAUGACUUCCACGUCCAGUAUGAUGAGCACGGCAAGGAGCUGCUCGUCUUGGCAGAGAGGGAUGACAGCAGCUUGUCGGUUUACAUAUCUGCACCUAUUAAGAGUAAUGUCGUCAUUAGUACCCACGGAAAAGGUAAUAUCGAAGUGAAGAAUAUGGAGUGUGACAUCUGCAAGGUGCACACAGAGAGAGGCAACUGUAUACUGCACUCAGUCAAGGGUCAUCAAGUGGAGGUGCGUUCAGGUGGAGACGUCACAGGCGUGGGCACCAUCCAUGGCAAUGUGGACAUCAGCGCCUCAGGAGGCAGUGUGGUACAUGUCAAGAAGCUGCAGGGCACCACAAUGAAACUCUCCACCGAACUCGGCGAUCUGAAGGUCAAGGCCAUCUAUGCCGAGUCUAGCUGCAUCUCCUCCUGCAAGGGGAAAAUGGAACUGGGACAUUUACACGGUGACGCCACAGUGAAGAACACAACAGGCGAUACACACAUUGAUGGUUCAAAUGGGUCCUUGAAGGUUUCCUCUCAGAGUGGAGACAUUGAUGUGUACGUGGGAGAUGGAGGAAGCGCUGAGAUGCUCAGCCAGGAAGGAGCGGUGUGCAUACGUGUCCCGUCCUCACUGAGAGCAGAGGUGGAUCUCUGUGGAGCAUCGGUGGACGUAAGCCAUGAUGUAACGCUGCACCAGUUGCAGAAGAACACGACUGAAAGCCAAACCAGAGUUACUGGCUACAUGAACACUGAUUGUCCGGUGGAGCAGCGGCUUAAAGUGACGACAGAAAGAGGCUCAGUCAGCCUGAGGACGCAAAGCUGGUUCGAGUCCCUGAAGCUGAGAGGCUAGUAAGCUCACACAGAGACCGGUCGUUUCUUGCACCUCAAGCACUGGAUGGAACAUCGGCCCUUAUUCCGUAUUAUCUGCUAUGUGACGCACACUCAAUACCAGUGAAUGACUGAAUAGCUGAAAGCAAUAAAUGACCAAUAAUUACACCUGUGUGCUAUCAAAUUUGCAUUUAAUGAAAUGGUACUGUUUAUACUUUUUAGGCAUUAAUUACAAAAAUGAGAGUGAUUAUUUUUACACUUAAACAUGAAAAUUACAUUACAUUGCAUAGUCAUCAUUGCACAUUUGUCAAGAGUCGAUAUAUAAAGCCUUUUUUUUUUCUUUUGCCAAAAUUCUUUUCCAACCCCCCCCCCCAAAAAAGUUCAAUAACAUUAAAAAUAAACAUAAAUACUUAAAUCAUUGAGCUGAUAUUUGGUUAAUCUUGCAUUUAAUUCGUAAAUAAUGCAUGUAUUAAUCAAAAUCCAGCAACAACAUAGUGGUUAUCUCUGAAGGUGUUAAUCCAUGUUUAGGAUUUUUUGGGGUGACGAGUGCCAUUCUGUGAUUGUCAAGGACUGUUAUGAUUGAUUGAAAUUAUUUUGCAUCUUGUUCUUCUGCACCUUUUCAUCGAAGCCAUAGGUUGGUCUCAUUAUUGCUGUACUCCCAAUGCUGCACAUACGGCUGCAACCUCAUGGCGGCUGCCCUGACAAGACACACACACACACGCACACACGACCAUCAACACUGUAGGAUGAUGCACUAUACAGUAAUCCCUCAAUUGUCACGGUUAAUUGGUUCUAGACCUGACUGUGAUAAGUCCAUUUCUGCAAAGUAUGAAUAUUUUAGUAGUUAGAGCAUACAAAACCUGUUUACGACUUUCUAAAUGUGGUUUUUAACAUUAUUAGAGCCCUCUAGACAUGAAAUAACACCUAUAUCACACCCAUAGUCAGAUUUACAUUCAUAUUACCCAUUACAGAUAUAAUCAGAGAAACGAAUCCAUUUAAGACAUAAAUAAAACUCGUGAUCAUGUGUGUCGCAGUGAAUGUGUUCUGGAUGUAUGGAGGACAGGUGACGUUCGGGUUUGAGUUUUAGCUUGUUGUGGGUUAUGGCUGCAACAAUAGCCCGUGUUAUGACCAAUGUAGAAUACUACAUUUACAAAUUGAAUGCGUCUUCUUUAUAGCUUAUUUGUAUCUCAGUUAAUUUAGCCAUUUCUAUGUUUAAAAAUGCUUAAUUUAGGCAAAAAAUAUGUACAACUUGACUCAAUAUGCUUUUUUUUUUAACUAAUAGACCUUAUUCAACAAAGAAACAGCAUGAUUUAUUAAUUCAUAUAUGUUUGAAGGACUGAUAGAAAUUCGAACCGCGGUGUGGCGAGAGAGAACUGUAUUUAAGAUGUUUUUCUUUACUCUGAGAUGCUGUUGCAGUCGUUCAUAAUGAUGGACGAGAGCGGUGGGCAGAGCCUCUCGAUGUAUUUGAUGGCACGAUCAGUGAAGACACAGCCGCUGACGUCGAGCUCUCGCAGGUAUUGGGUGCCGCUUGAAAGGCACUGAACUGCCAUGUCGGUCAUCUGAGGGUAGAAGGAAACAAACUACUCUACGUCUUGUAUUGGAACUAAUUAUUCGUUAGUGUACCAGUGAGAGUGCGUCUACCUUUGGACAGCCUCCCAUCCUCAGUGUGAAUAGACCUCUGCAGUAAAAUGAGAAGGCUCUGAUGGCUUGGUCAGACAGAUCCAAACACCCGGACACAUCGACAUAUUCCAGCUCUGUCACAUACUUGCAUAGAUUCUGCUCAAAUUGAACGAAAUGCUACACGAAUGAAUGAAUGGAUGAAUGAUGGCGAGAGAGAGAGACAGGCUGCAGGUUUGUACCUCAAUACCAACAUCUGUGAUGUUGAUACAUUGGGCGAUAAUCAACUUUUUCAAGGGAACCUCCUCAAGAGCAGCCAAACCCUAAAGAUUGAAUACAAAUAUGUUUAAGGAGACAUACUGUGCUAUUUUUUUCACAGAUUAAAACAGUUAUUAGGUGUUUUAAUAACAUGUCUGUUACAUGCUUCAGUGAAGGGAUGAAGAAUUAGAGCACACUUUAUAAAACCCUCUAUAAACAGCCCUGUUCAAAGCAGACAGUUUUUAUGUAAAUUUAAAAAAUGUAUUCCAUCUGAUCGUCUUGCCGAAAGACACUUUUUCUGACAUAAGCCACUUGGCAUGGGCCAGUAACCGGUUUCAAGGUAUACCACGGUAUGAAAAAGUCAAAAACCAUUAAAAUCGUCCGUCAUACUUUCCUAUGGUAUGAGAGAAAGUGGAGAUCCAGCACGGCCACUACGUGUGCUUCGUCACAUCCUGUGUUAUUCCUCACAGUCAAAACCGGGGUUUGAUGUAUUGAAAGCACAGGCGUUUGCUGUCAGGCAAAAGUCGGGCAUAGAUAGCACCGGUGUCAGCUGACUUGUUAGCAUUGAGCGGUGCCAGUACGGCCGCACUGUUCAACAUAGUACUCAUGUCGAGAGUCACCAAAUGCGGAGAUGUGAUUCAGAAUGAGGCAGGAGUGGAGGAUAAGUGGUAUAAAACGUUUACUCUCCACUGAACAGCCAGCAAUAACCACUUAACAAUGUCUCAGUUGCUAAGAACAAUCACAUGACCUGGAAAUAGAAGUUUGUGCAAAAGUGACCUGCACAUUCACGUCUAUGAAAUAAUAACAUAACAUUACAAGCUAUCUUAAGAGUGAUUUAUGUUCUUCUUGAGACACUUGAUUGCAUUUUCAUUUUGCCUUUUAUUUAUUUUUUUUUAAAGGUUGUUUUAACUUUUUAGCUGAGUGAGUAUAUAUUUAUUACAUGUAGAUUUUAGAAAAACUGUUUUUAUUGAUGUUCAUUGAUUGAAUUAUUAACUGAGCGCCUUAAUAUAAGUACAGUAUAAAUAUAACUGUUUUAUGAUUAUGAUUGAGUUAGUGAUUACAAGUAGUUUAUAGAAAUAAUGCUUUAUGAAAUGAUUAACUGAGUAGAUGAACAACUAUUUAAGUAUGUCAAAGGUCAAACAGAGAGAGUGCGAUCUCACACAUGGUGUACAUUCAGCGGAAGCCAGCCGGGACCAGCAGCCAGAUAUGGGAACAAAAACAAGCCAAUAGGCCUUGAGACAGCGGGGAGAAGUACGUGCUGUUUGUGCAAGAAAAGUGUCAAGUCAGCGAAAGCUCCAACUAUCACCUGCUGGCGUCACACAACUUCGUCAAAGAAUCCGGGAGACACUGGCGCCAAUGGUCUGAGGAAGACAAUUAUAAAAAGGCAGAGGGGACUAGCGAUUGGGGCGGCUCUCGCUCCUUCUGGUCAGGAAGCCACAGGAGGACAU